UGAACCAGCAACACUGUGGUAGAUUUGUUCUAAACAUAAAGGAGGACACACACUGUGGCCUAUCCAGUGUCUCGUCUCAUGCUUGCUGUGGUUUUCCUGCUCUGCAAAACGUCACAUCUGUAUGUCAAAGUCCAUCUAGCCAAACACAUCAUCGUCUCACACAUUUCACAUGAUUCACCUUCAUCAUGGCUGGACACCUGCUGUUAGUCGUCGUCAUGUAUUCCUUUUGUGAGGUGGAAGCACAAGCUCUUCCUCCACCUACACUGACAGCGACUGAAGCGAUGAUCACACUGACAAACUCAGUCACACUGAACUGUGAGGCUCCAUCAUCAGUUUCUGUGUCUCGGUGUCAUUUCUACAUUGGAUCAAUUGUCAGAGUCUUUUCUUGUCAGAAGACACUGACAGCCACUGAACUUCUGCAGAUCUCAAAUCAGCGUUCACCUGCUGAUGUUAAAGUGAGAUGUUUCUACACUGUAAAGUAUGAAGAUUCAGAUUCUCCAUCUCCACACAGUGACACAACUUCCAUCAGCGUACACACUUUUCUUCCACCUAAACUGACAGUGAAUCCAGUGGUGAUCUCAGAGACAGACUCAGUCACUCUGGACUGUCAGACUCCUCCAUCUGUUCAUGUGCUGCAGUGUUUAAUCUACAUGAUAAAAGGAGAAGGGAGAGAAAAUAUUGAAAGCUCCUCAUGUCUGAGGAAGGUGACAGGAACUGAGCUGCUGUUGACGACAAGUCAGAGUUCACCUGCUGAGGUUAAGGUGGGAUGUUUUUAUACUGUUUCGGGUUCUCCAUCUCCACACAGUGACACAUCCACCAUCACCAUACACAAUCAAACACCACAACUGAGUCUUCAGCACUUUCCUGGUGAACACGUUCUCUUUACUUGCUCUCUGCCUGGAUCUGCUAAUCCUGACACAAGAUGUAACCUGUACUUUGGAGAAGCCAGUGAUCUAGUUUCAACAACAACCAUCUGGAGUAAAAGAGACCCAAGAACCAAUCAGUGGUUCUGUCAGUUUACUGUCACAGCUGAUGAUUUACUGAGACGUCUACGUUCAGUUCAACAAAGUGAUGCCAGCUGUGAUUACAGUUUGGGAAGUGAACCCAAGUCUUUGUCUGCUCGUAGUGAUCGAUACAGCCUGACUGAUAUUAAGAGAAGUGAAUCAAGAAGGGCCCAAACACAGCCAGCGUCUACAAAGACCACAGAAUUUGUAGAGCUUGUAGAGAGUGAGUCUACAAUGACCACAGGAACACCAGCGUUUAAAAUGACCACAGAUAAGAUGAUAUUGAUGAUUGGAGCAACUGUGACUGUGGGUGUCGUCUUGCUUGGAUUGGUACUUCUCUUUAACCAAAGCAGGAUCGAAACAUUUCUCUCCAAGAGACCAACAACAAAUGUUACUGGCAAAUCAAAAGAUUACAGGAAGUAUCUGGGUGGUUAUGAUGAAACCUACAGUAUCGUCACCUAUGAAUGCAACACUGAGUGACAUCAGCAGCAGAGAAGUCAGCCACAGCAGCCCUGAGAGAUUCAGUGUACAGCACUUGUACUGUUUUCUUUUUCUGUAGUGAACAAGUUAAUGUGUAACACAAAUGUUUUUCUGCAGUUACUUCGCUUUGCUCUCUUAUGUACCAGUUAAUUGAUAUUUGCAUUAUUUACAUCUUUAUCUCAUAGAGCAGACGUUUAAAUGGUGUAGUUUAAUUGAACUCUAUUGUACUGAUAGAAACAGAAGUUCAUCCUGAAUAUAACAUGUUUUACUGCUUGUGUUGCAAUGCUGCACAUGAUAAAAUAGGCAUUAUAAACUACUAAUAAAAAAUGGAUUUAUG